AUGGAAGGAACAGAUUCAAAGGAGAUAUCCGAUUUGGCCCCGAAGAUGUCGCGGCUUCCCAGCAAAGACAGGAGUGGCAAGAAGAAUAUGAAGGUUGCCGGCAAGUUCGUCCAGGCAUCCACCGAAAACCUUGGCCGGAAGAGCAGGAUUAAUGGUUUCCUCAAAAGUAUCUACCUGGCCAACUUCAUGGCAGCUGUGGUUCUGGUUGAUGCAUACUGUACCUGUGUAGACAUCGAUGCGACAGCUGCCGGUUCCCAACCACCGGAGAUCAGUUCUUUGAUUUCCAGCCUCUGCCUGGUGACUUAUACUCUCGAAAUCGCCGCCUUGCUAAGCGUCUUCGGCGUGAGAGCAUCUUUCAGUGACUGGUUCAUGGCACUGGAUAUUAUCAUUGUCGGUUGCGGCUGGGCAGAGGAGAUCAUCUCCGUCUUUUCGGAUGGAGGGCUCAACUUCCGCACCGCUGUGUUGCGGGCAUUGCGCCUGGUGCGGAUCUUCCGACUUGCACGUGCGUUGAAGAGGAUCCGCCCCUUGAGGGAGUUGUACAAGCUUGCCAUUAUGAUGGCCACCUGCUUUCGGGCACUCCUCUGGUGCUUCUUGUUGUGCUUCGUAGUCAUGACCGUGUGGGCCAUGUUGAUCGUUGAAGUGGUCAGUCCGUUCGUGAAGGAGAUGCACGCAAACAUGGACCGCGAUUUUUUCAAGGCUUGCCAUCCACAGUGCACAAAGGCAGUCUCGACCGUAAUGGAUGCAAACUUGUUGCUGUUCAAGACAGUUAUCGCGGGCGACGCUUGGGGUGAGAUUGCUGUUCCUGUCAUUCAGGAGCAUCCAGCAACUUUCAUCAUUUUCAUUGGCUCUUCAUUGACAUUGGUCUUUGGAGUUUUGAAUCUUAUUGUGGCAGUGGUGGUGGAUACCUUUGCUGAAUCUCGGCAGAGCGAUGUUCAAAGCCUGGCAGAGGAGAUGGAGGAUGAGAUCGAACAUGAUCGAGCAGCCCUUGGGAAGCUGUUUGCCCGAAUGGACCGAGAUCGGAGCGGUAAGCUCACCCUCGCGGAGCUGAUGGAAGGUGCGCAGACCGACUCUGAGUUUCGGGGGCGUCUCCGAGUCAUGGACAUUGACGAGCAAGACUUGGAGUCACUUUUCUACAUGAUCGAUGAGGAUCAGUCUGGAACCAUCGAUGUGGCCGAGUUUAUCGGCCCUCUCAGCCGCUGGGCGCAUGACUCCAAGACCGCCCCCCGGUUUAUCAAGUACAACAUGAUCCAGACGAUGAAUCUCCAAGAGGAGCUCUACGAUCUAUCUGUGGAAUGCUUUCAGCAGCUGGCCGCCAAAAUUGACGGCGUGGCCCGGUCCGUGGCUGAACUGAGGCCGCCGCCACUUUCUGCUCAAGGGCAGGACGAUGUCCGAAGCGACAGAGAUGCGGCAUAUGGGAAGUCAGACUCCAUCGCAUCUGAGCUGCCCGCGGGGGAUCUGCAAGAACUUCGACAGAAAGUGGAUGGACCUGGGACCCGUGGCCCGUCUGCUCCGGCCCUGCACUACGAAGCCGAGGCAGAAGUCCUGCAGCCGCCACCUUCGCCUCAGCCUGUGGAGUUCCUCGCAGCAGGCGGGCAGCCAAUGGUGAACGUGGAGGCAGCGCUGGCGAGCGCAAUGUCCAGGCUUGAGGCUAAGCUGGAGCUGAUGCUGGCAGAUGCUUGGGGGAUGCUGGGGAGAAAAGUUUCUGAAGGCAUGAUUUUGGAAGCCUGGCGCUUGGUUUCCGCUGCCGUCCUGUCGCUGAAGGAGGAGCCCUCCCUACUUUCUGCCGUCUCGCUCUACACCCUUUGCUUGGGCGGCUGCUUCGGCGCCUGCAGCCGAGGGGCGGCCGGUACAGCCCUGCUUCUGAAAGGCGCGGGUUUCCACACGCAACCCGCUGCCUGCCGCCUGCUGAGCGCGCUGCUCAUGGCCGCGGCAUUGCCUCUCUCAGGAGGCUUUCGUAUCAUCUUCUGCCUCUGGGCUUUCGCCUGCCCGGAGUUCCCUUUGGAGAACGGCGAGUACUCCCUUGACCGGAUGGCGACGAUCUCCUCUGAUGCCCUCCGCCUCCUCAGUGAGCUGAAAGAGGACAAUGUUCCUAUGGUAGUUUACGAGCUGAUGAAGAUCAAGCUCGACAAUAAGGAGGAGUUGGGUCACCUGAUCCAGAUCAUUUUUAAGAAGGCCGUUCAGGAGCCUGAUCAUAGUGCCUCCUUCGCCGACAUACUUUACGGCUUGAGGGCGCGGUAUCCGCAAUUCCGCAACGAAGCCGAUGCAAAGAAACCCUGGUCUUUCACCCGGGUGCUGCUGAACAACUGCCAAGACUUAUACGAGAGCCAUCCCUGCUCUUUCACUUUCGAGGCAACCGACGCGGAUCGGGCGCUCUACCCCGAGCCUGCCGACCUCCAAGCAGAGCUUGCGCGCAGGAAGGACAGCAUGUUGGCUGUUUUGAAACUCUUUGCACAUCUUCAUCUCCGGGGUCUACUGGCGACCAAGGUCAUCGGCCAGGUCGUGCACGACCUCAUCGGUAUGAAAGAGCCUACUUCCGAACUGCCGGAGGCCACUCAAAUCGAGUGUGUUUGCGCGCUGCUGGAGGUUUGUGGGCCGGGGAUGGAAGAAGGCUCAGUCGGGUCGACCCUCCUCAGCACCUUCCAGGCUCGCCUGAUGGAUUUGCACAACGCGAAGUUUAAGGGUGAGGAGGUGUAUUCAGAGAGCGUCCGCUCCAUGAUCGCGGACAACAUCCACCUGCGCCAGACCAAGUGGAAGCAGAAGGACCCGACCUCGCUGCUCCGCGUGCGGAAGUUCAGCGGGGAUGUGGUGGACCUUUACGAAGUUGACAUAGCUGCCGUGGCAAAGUCCUGCGGGAGCCGUGUCCUUGCUGCCAAGCUCCUGCUGUCUUUCGCGACGGGAUUCGCCACGCACCGACACCAGCUCGUUGCAACCACGGCGAUUGCGGAGUCGGAUUUGCUGAAGCUACCGCAAGAUCUCAGCUUGGUCAUGCAGGACUUUGUGGAGGUUGCACCUGGAGAGACCAAAAAGCUCCAUGAGGCGUGCAAAGAGGGAAAGAUCAAGAAGAUCGACUGCAUGCUCCGUCGGCCGUACAACCCGGAUGCGAUGCAAGGGGGACAAGCGACGGCGACAACCCCACUGCUGGUGGCGAUCCGGCAAAACCAAGUCAAGGCAGUGAAAUUGCUCGUGCACGCGCGGGCCAACGUGAACCUCGCUGACGGCAGGGGCGAGACGCCGCUGGUCGUCGCGGUGAAAAGCGGCCAGGUGGCCCUGAUCCAGCUGCUGGUGGAGGGACGCGUCGACGUGAACAAGGCCCAACGAAAUGGCCUGACGCCGCUCUUCGCGGCAGCAGAGUGUGGCUUCUUGGACGUCGUGAAGCUUCUGCUUAAAGCAGAAGCCGAUCUCAGUCUUGCUGACAAUGCGGGCCAAACACCGAUAUCCGUCGCUGUUGAGAGGGGCUUCCGCGACGUGGCCAAGCUUUUUCUCCAGGUCUUGGCCCCAAAGUUGGCCGGGACAUGA